AUGAGUAAGACAUCGUCUAAUGAAAAUUCAUCAACACCAUCAUCUACCUCAUCCGAGCAACAACAAGUAGAGAAAGUAGCAACAGAAGAAACAAUCAAUACUACUACAUCUUCUUCAUCGUCAUCAUGGCUUAAAUCCCUAUUGAAAUACGGUUCUUGGGUUGUUGUUGGAACAGGAUGGGCAGCAGUAAUGGGAUUGUCCAUAUUUCAUAGAUUUAAACCUGUUAAUCCAGAUCCAUCCAUUGACCCAAGAGCAUUGGAAUAUGUCGGAUCAACUUAUACUUUAAAACAAGGAUAUCCUGCAUUGGCUUUACAUGCUAGUUGUGGAAUGGUUUGUUUGGGAUUGGGUAUUUUCCAAUUUCAAGAAUCAUUCAGGGCUAGACAUAUGAAAUUACACAAAUGGAUGGGUUAUAUUUUCAAUUCAAGUAUUGUUCUAGGUGCAAUUGGAUCAAUAGGUUUGAUUCCAUACAGUGCUGGUGGAUUGGCAACUAAGAGUGCAUUCACAUUAUUGACAUCUAUUUGGGUUGGUACAAUGGGAAUGGCAAUGGCCUAUGUUUUACCAAAAUGGAUAAAUCCAUUCAAAUCUCUAAUUAACAAGGAGAAGGAAUAUAGAAUUCAAAAGCACAGAGAAUGGAUGAUUAGAUGUUAUGCUACUGUGAUGAGUUCAAUCUCAUUGAGAGUCUAUUUGGCUCUCUUUACAGUUUACAAUAUUUUCCAACAAAAGGAAGGAAUCAAUGUUGAUGCUGCUGUUAAGGAUUCUUAUACAAGUUCAGUUUGGUUGUCAUUCGUUACUAAUUUGAUACUUUCUGAAAUUUACAUUAAUUGUGUCUAUAGAAAAUAA